GUUUAAAAGGUUGUGUAAAUGUCACAGUGGUCAAAGCCUCACUCAGAUUCUUCUCAGGCUUUCCUGAUGGCAUCCAAUAUCACCACCACCAUCUCCCAGCAGUCCUCCUCUUCGUCUGUUCCUCUGUCCAUCAACGCCAUGGUCGGCAUCGCCAUCUUGACCCUGGCCUUUGUGCUGGGCUUCCCUGGGAACCUGUUUGUUGUUUGGUCAGUGUUGUGCCGGGUGAAGAAGCGCUCAGUGACCUGUUUGCUGGUGCUGAAUCUGAGCAUGGCGGAUGCUUUCGUGCUGCUCAGCGCCCCUUUUUUCCUGCGCUACCUGGCUGGAGGACGAGGCUGGGAGUUUGGCUCGGCAGCAUGCAAGCUGGUGCAUUACCUAUCGAGUGUGAACAUGUACGUGUCCAUCUACCUCAUCUGCCUGAUGAGCAUGGACCGCUGGCUGGCCGUGUCCAGGCCGUUUCUGUUCCAGACAAUGAGAACCAAGCGCUCCCUCCUGAUUCUGCUGCUCGUUGUCUGGGUGUUAGCGUUGCUCCUGUCAGUCCCGAUGCCUUUCUACCGCAGUACUUUCCCAAACAAUAUCACUUUGAGCUUCUGCGUGCCAUACCACUGGAAGAGCAAGGGUCACCGGGUCUUCCAGUACUUGUUUGAAACCAUCGUGGGCUUCCUGCUGCCUUUCUCCCUCAUCAACACCUGUAACUCCUCCGUCAUCUGUCAUCUGCAGAGUGCCAAGUUCCAGGGCCAAGCACAAGGCAGCCGCCUCAUCCUGAUGAUCAUCUGUACCUUUGCAGUAUUCUGGCUGCCGUAUCACAUCGUCAAUAUCAUAGAGGUGGUGGGCUUUUUGCAGGACAGUAAAUCCGCUGUUACAGUCGCCCUUGCAGCCCGUCCAAAUGUCACGGCAUUCGCUUACUUCAGCAGUGCGGUCAAUCCCAUGUUGUACGUGUUUGCCGGCAGCUCCCACAUCCGCCAGGCCGGCUUCAGCUUCAUGGGCAAGCUCUUCGAGGCCACCAGCUCGGAGAACAGGACCACGUCUACCUUCACCCGGAGCGGACACAUUAACCGCAGAUGCUUUACCCCGGACAAGCGCUCCGCCCUGAACACCCUGUCGAUGAAACUGGGGAGGCUGUUCAAAAGCAAGGAAAAGGACACGAGCGGCGGCGUGGCGGGAAAAGAGCCGGACGAGCUUGAACUCAGGACACUGGCCAUCCAACUAAACUGAUUACACUGUGUUGACUCAUGAGUUGAAUUGUAAGAGAUUUUUCUUACAUAACUUUUAUAUCAGGAAUUCAAACAACUAUUGUAUGUAUUUCCUUGUAAGCACUAUUAUAUCAUCAUUUCAUUUCAUUUAUUCGUUUACUUGAAGAGGGACAAUGCACAUU